AUGUCGUCCGACUUUGCCAAUCCCAUGAAAAAGUUCAAGCUGGUGUUCCUUGGCGAACAAAGCGGUAAGCUGACACGUUGUUUAGUGUUUCUUGAUUUAGAUGUUGACUUGAAGCCAAGGGGUCUGAGGUUUGGCAUAGUUCUGUUGAAAAUUUAUUUUUAACAGAUGUAAAAAUCAUACAGAGCCUAAUUUAUAAGUGUGGGUGCAAUAGAAGGAUUCGCAGUUUUAGCGGAAGCUUAAGGUGUAUGAGACUUAACGUUAGUUAAAGACUCUUUGUAAUGUGAGAUUUUAUUGCUGAUGAAUAUGUUUUCAGUUGGGAAAACAUCGUUGAUUACUCGUUUUAUGUAUGACAGUUUUGACAAUACGUAUCAAGCAACGAUUGGGAUCGAUUUCCUUAGUAAGACCAUGUAUCUUGAAGAUCGGACUGUAAGUUCUCCUUUUCAUCGCGAUGUAAUUCUCCUAUAUCUUCUUUAUGGUCCUUUACUUUUAGGUCAGACUUCAACUGUGGGACACUGCCGGACAAGAGCGUUUCCGAUCGCUAAUCCCUUCCUAUAUUCGUGAUUCAACCGUUGCUGUUGUCGUAUACGACAUUACGAGUAAGUUGAAAUUGUUUUAUUCAUGUUUGUGUUUUAUUUGUAUUGUUAUUCUUUUGUUACGUUACUGUUUGCUCAGUAUAUUUUUAUAGUUUGGACGUUGGUUUGGCUCGUUUGUAAUGUCGUCUCAUUUCAGAUGCAAAUUCAUUCCACCAGACCUCGAAAUGGAUCGAUGAUGUGAGAACGGAGAGAGGCAGCGAUGUUAUCAUUAUGCUGGUUGGGAAUAAGACAGAUUUAUCUGAUAAAAGGCGAGUUUUAACUUAAAAUGGGCUUCUGGAUCUUAUUGGAAUAUAAAUUUAAUUCUUAAUGUUUCAGGCAAGUCUCUACUGAGGAAGGAGAACGAAAAGCUAAUGAACUCAAUGUCAUGUUCAUUGAAACCUCAUCUAAAGCCGGAUAUAACGUGAAACAAGUAAGAUUUUAAUAUUUUUUGUUGGUUUUUUAGGUUCGAAUCGGAAAAGACAAUGUUUUAAUGGUCAAAAGGUGAUUCCGGAAUUUAGUGUGCAUUUUUUCAGCUUUUCCGGCGAAUUGCCAACGCCCUCCCCGGCACAGAGAACGACCGACCCGCCGAUGCCCGUCAAGUCGUCGAUAUCGGCCCAAUAAAGCCGCGCCAAAUCGUCACCGACGAAGGCUCGUGCUGGUGCUGA